GAACAACACUGCUGGAAGAGAAAAUAGUCUUUAUGGAGGAUUUUUGUUGAUUGCGAAUAGAUUUGUUUUGGAGACAUCUUCACUUACAACUGCUUUCUCUCGGCUGCUUGUUCGUCUAAUGAAGACUCAUACAAGGCCUUGAUCCCGGGUCGGGUAAAACUACGAUUGCCUUCAGUAUCGCGGACGUCCUCGAAUUACGCAUAAUUGAAUAGGUUUCACUUGUUGUCCCUCUUCAAAGUUGAAGAGAGACCACUAGAAUGUGAAACCAUCAGGGUUCUAAUAGUUGAAGAACAAGUUUUCCGUCCGUGUACUAGCGGAGGACUUUUGUUCCAAGGCUGGCGACCUUCGUUGACUAGGUUACUUCUUUUAUGGCUUUAACUUAAUGAAAUUACUCAGCAACACUUCAUUCCUAGUUCUUCAUUCGUAAUUGAUCAAUUAUUAUUAAUCACCCAUGAGCACCCCCCAUAAUUCAUCUCUAAUUUUCCUCAACGACGUACGUUUGAACUCCACUUUGCCACCUGACUCACUCCUUCCGAUAUUGGAGGGAGAAAGGUGGUAUAAAGUGGAUCAAAAAGUUAAGGGAGCAAUUAGUAAUAUUUCACAUAUUUUCUUUUCUUCAUCAUUUUAUCAUACCUGUAGCAUAUACAAUUACAAUUUGAUUUUUUCCCCAACUACAUCCUCUAAAUUUCGAAGCGAUCCAGUGGCGCUGGGACCUUUUAAAAAGUAUAGUAUUCUUACUACGCAGUACUUGCAGUCAAAGGGAGGAGAAUGGCAAGGACCAGACAUUGAAGCUCUUCGAUCUCGCAUGGGCUUCUUAAUCACAUUAAACAAAUUAUGACACGCUUAUUUUUAUAAAUAUAUAAUUGGUUCUACUUCAUAGCGAUGAAGUAGAAGGUUAAUCGUUUUCUUAUGCAUGAUGUAGCCUAAGUUCUAACUUCACCCUUACCACCCGAAUUCAAAGACGAAAAUGGCAACAUGUUCGAUAUGACUCAUAGAUGCCCACGUUGUAGCGGAGAAUUUUGGGAGGAGUGCCGACAACAAGCGCUUUUACACCCAGAAAGAACAGCGCGAGCAACUGAGCACCACAAGAAGAGAGAUUACCGAACACCGACUCGACCUGCGCUUACUCUUACCGGGGAACAGCAAGCACGUCUACAACUACAGGACAGCCAUCUGCUACUACAACUAGCACAUACUGGGCAUAUCAAGAAGGAGCAAGUAAACGAGCUCGCCCUUGUAUCUGGCUUCACAGAAACGCUUAGGGCACUGGUCGAGAGCAAGCAAAUCAACACUGCCAGCACGGACGGCAAAGGAACACUGAAAGAAGAUGCUCCAAGUACAAAAGACCAUGGCACUGAGCUACCACCACACGCUACCCCAGGAUCGUUUAGCAAAAAAGGAGGAAAAUCAAAGUCAGACGAUAUGGGCUCAGGUAAUGUUUUCUUCUCCACUUGUGCGUCUCAUAUGUCCGCUUCAUACUGUUAGCAGUUCUUCCUCUUCUACCAUCUUCAUUUUCCACUUCGCCCAGAUACGCCCGCUAGCGGAAUUUCCAUAGGCUGGCCUCACGUACCGUGGAACACUCCAUAUGGUGGCGCGAGCAGUCAUCAUAGCUGGGCACCAUCAGAUAGUUCUCGUGCAGGGCGACAAGCCACAUUGAUGGGGAGUACAUCUACAAAUAGCAUGGACCGCAACAGCCUACAGUUCAGCUAAGGAUUGUCGCCAUACGAAGAAGCGCGUUUAAGCCGAAUAGGAGACUCCAUCGCAAACAAAGGCUGGAGCACACCAUAUGGACCUACAUACCAUAAAGGACAACCUAGCUGGGGAAAAUCACAGACUUAUCACAGCCAGCUUCCACAAUAUCAACAUCAUCAACAGCAACAACCUACGUUCUUCAACGCAAACCCAGGACACCACCAGAGCAAUUCUUUUCAAGACCACUAUGCACAACAGCACGCAAUUCAUCAAGGAUAUAAUCAAGCACAACGUCAGAGCUUUCAUCAAGCAGAACAAUCACAGAGGCAGAACUUUACUUCCAGUAGCGUAGGCGCAUGUAGUUUUCAACAAGUUGGAAAUUUUUCAAAUCACGUAGAAGCACAUCAUCAACAUGAACAGAGAGUGUAUAACAAUGUGAAUAGUAGCACAAAUGCAAUGUGGAACAAUAUGGACCUUGG